AGUUGGGUCACUGCUCUUCAGUUUGAUAUGCAGUCGAAGCACGCGUUUGUCGGCGAUUACAACGGAAUCAUAACAAUGUUGAAGAUUGAAGAAACAACAUUCAAACCCAUCACUACAUUGAAGGGACACUCGGCUGCCAUCCGAUGUCUGGCCUGGAAUUCCACUAAACAAAUGCUCUUUUCGGGCGGUUUUGACAAAAUGAUCAUUUGCUGGGAUAUCGGCGGCAAAAAAGGCACUGCUUUUGAACUUCAGGGCCAUCAUAAUAAAGUGACAUCUUUUUACUUCUCAAACACAUCUCAGCGACUCUUGUCUUCAGCAGAAGAUAAUAUGAUUGUCUCGUGGAAUAUGAAUACUAAACGCAAUGAA